AUGUCCAAGAACAAGGGGAAAGAACCAGGAUCUCAACUUAGGUGGACACAACCAAUGUGUGACAUGCUGUUUAAAAUGUUGGUUGUUGAGGCUGAACAAGGCAACAAGCCCUCAAACAAAUAUAAGCCUCAAUCCCUUGACAAAGUGGCAAAAGAAAUUGGUGUGAAGUUUAAUGUAAAGUGUCAUGCAUCACAUGUGCAUAACCGUCUUCGUACGGUUAGAAAAGAGUGGAAACUCAUUCAGGAUAUUCAAAAAAAAAGUGGAUUUGGUUGGGAUGAUAAUUUGAAAAUGAUCACAUGUGACAAGCAAACUUAUGAUGCUGAAGUGAUGUAUGAUGAGAUGGCUAUUGUUGUUGGUAAGGGCAUGGCAACUGGUGGCUUUUCAAAGCAAUGGAGUGAACAUUCUCCAUUGGUUGAAAAUGAGACCCCACAAAAUGACAUCCAAAAUCCAGAAUUUGAAGGUGACACUGAUACGUUGCCAAAAGAUGCCCAUGAAGCUUCCAAUGGAACUUCACCUAAGGGAAGGAGCAGCCAUAGAAAGAGAACUUAUGCAGCUAUGAAUGAAGAUAGUCCUUUUAGUGAGAUGACUGAACAACUCAAACAGAUUGCAGUAGCUGUUACAGCUCUGAGUCAUGGCCCAGUUGAUACAAAUGAGCUUCAUAAAGUAGUGAUGAAUGUUGAAGGCUUUGAAGAAGACAUGCUUGAUGAAGCUUUUGAUCAUUUGGUUAAUGAUGAAAAGGCAGGAAGGGCCUUUAUGGCUAAAAAUGAUAGGAUGAGAAAGCUUUGGUUGGAGAAAUUUUUCAACAAAACCUUCUAA